AAAACUAAUCAAUCAAAAUCAAACUAGGCAAUUGCAGUUGAGUAGCAAAUAGCAAUGGCAAGCAUCAGCAGCAUAUCAUUUUUCUGCCUCUUCCUUUUCUUCUUUUCACCGCUGCUGAAUGCUAAUGCUGUGGAGGGAAAUCCAAAUUACAGAGAGGCCCUGCUUAAAUCCAUUCUCUUCUUCCAAGGUCAGAGGUCUGGCAGGCUGCCUUCCAAUCAGCAAAUCACUUGGAGGUCCACUUCUGGCCUUUCAGAUGGUUUCCUUGACCAUGUAGAUUUAACAGGAGGUUACUAUGAUGCUGGAGACAAUGUGAAGUUCAACUUCCCAAUGGCAUUCACCGCCACAAUGCUAUCAUGGAGCACACUUGAAUAUGGCAAGAGAAUGGGCCCUCAAUUGCAAGAGGCAAGGGCUGCAAUUCGUUGGGCCACUGACUAUCUCCUCAAAUGUGCCACAGCCAAGCCCGGAAAGCUGUAUGUUGGUGUGGGUGAUCCCAAUGUGGAUCACAAAUGUUGGGAGCGGCCGGAGGACAUGGACACUGUCCGAACAGUGUACUCGGUAUCCCCAAGCAACCCAGGGUCCGAUGUUGCUGGCGAGACGGCUGCGGCAUUAGCAGCUGCCUCUAUGGUGUUCCGAAAAGUGGAUCCAAAAUACUCAAGGUUGUUACUUCAAACUGCGAGGAAAGUUAUAGCAUUUGCCAUCCAAUAUCGUGGUUCUUACAGUGACUCACUUGGAUCAGCUGUGUGCCCAUUUUACUGCUCAUAUUCUGGAUAUAAGGAUGAGUUGCUGUGGGGUGCUUCAUGGAUGCUGAGGGCAACAAAUGAUGCAUAUUACUAUAACUUCUUGAAAACAUUGGGAGCUGAUGAUCAACCGGACCUCUUCAGCUGGGACAACAAAUAUGCUGGUGCUCAUGUUCUUUUAUCUAGGCAUGCAUUGCUCGAAAAUGAUAAAAAUUUUGAGCAGUUCAAACAAGAAGCUGAAAGUUUUAUGUGUAGGAUCUUACCUAAUUCUCCUUAUUCAACUACCCAAUACACACAAGGAGGGCUUAUGUACAAGCUACCUGAAAGCAAUCUUCAAUAUGUUACAUCCAUAACAUUUUUACUUACAACAUAUGGCAAGUACAUGAAAGCCAGAAAGCAGACGUUUAACUGUGGCAAUCUCUUUGUCACUCCAAAUUCUCUAAUUGGGCAUGCAAAACGACAGGUGGAUUACAUACUGGGGCAGAAUCCAAUAAAAAUGUCGUACAUGGUUGGAUUUGGACCGAAUUUUCCCAAGAGAAUUCAUCACAGAGGUUCUUCAUUGCCUUCCUUGGCAAGCCACCAUCAGAGCAUGGGAUGCGAUGGGGGUUUCCAGCCAUUCUUCUACUCAUCAAACCCGAAUCCUAACAUUUUGGUUGGAGCCAUCGUUGGAGGUCCAAAUCAAAACGAUGGAUACUCUGAUGAUCGAUCUGACUAUAGCCAUUCAGAGCCUGCUACAUACAUUAAUGCUGCAAUGGUUGGACCAUUAGCAUAUUUUUCUGGGCUCAAUGCUCACCCCUAGUUCAUAGGUUCUAUCAUCAUAUGGCUCUUGUAAAUAUUUUAUUAUCGCCACUCUCCCUAACCUGGGAGUUGCAAGCCACCAAAGGGUGCAUUAAGACAUGUUAAAACUGUUUACUUUCUUGUUUUUCUUUGGUAGAUCAACAUCACCAUCCUAAAUUCCACUCCAAUUAUAAUCUACCACUGACCA